AUGAGACUGUUGUUUGAAGGGAAAGUUACAGCUCGUUUUAUUAUCGCUGAUCCACCUUAUAGUUUAAGUAGUGAAGAACAGAAUAUGCUUUUUGAAGAACAAUACAAAUAUAGAGACAUAAUAUCAGUUAAUGGAUUUUAUGAUGUUUAUAAAAAUUUACAUCUUAAAGUAAUGGCAGCAUUCCAAUGGAAGUGGGAAUUUUGUCCAAAUGCAGAAUGGACAUUAAAAGUUGAUGAUGAUAUGGCUGUACAUAUACCUAGAUUAAACUUUUGGAUUGAUAAUAAGCUUAAGAAUGAAUUAAAAAAGAAUAAUGCCACAAUUUUUGGAAGAAUAUAUCCAAACAGUCCAAGAGUUAAAGAAAAAUACGAAAAAUAG